GCGAAGGAGUGACGAUGCCACGCCCUGGCGGGGUCGACCGACCGUGUUGAUCUCCAUGCCCUGCUGUACUGCGAUGCCCCGCUCUACUGCACGGUGAGCUGAUGACCGUCACGCAGCAUUCUGGCACACAGAUCUACUCGUCUGCGCUUCUGUGAACGACUCGCCAGGUGCAUGAAACCGGCCGCCAGGGGGUCGGCAGGCGAAGAAGGAGAGAAGACAGAGGGACUGCGGCGCCAAGCAUGGAGUCAGAUGAUGCACGAGAAGAAGGCAAAGAAAGAGCUCAGCAUGUCUUUCGAGCUGACAAAGAGCCUCGUGCGCCACGGGACGGCGUCAUCAAAAAGACCACCCGCGCGACGAACCCGGCUGACUACACUCUUGGACGUGCCAAGGGGACACUGACUAGCAGCCUCAA